GAAUCGAGAGAAACAGCAUGUUCACGCGUGUAAAGAUUUAUUUUAGUACACCGGGCGAGAUGGCACGAACAAGUAAGCUUGAUUUGUCGCACUCAUCAAAGCUGCUGGACAGGCUGAUCGUCCUUGUGCUCCUUACAAUUAAGAGCAAUGCGGAGGAAAUCAGUUGCCAAGAAGGAGGAAUUUGUGUACCGAGCUAUCUUUGUGAAAAUGGAACCAUCAAUACGGUUGGCACGGGAUUGAUCGACAUUCGAAUUGGUGAUGAUACGAGCUGUCCAGAAUCGUUUGUGUGUUGCUUGACUGCUCGUAUAAACGCGGUAGAACCCAGUGAUAGCCUGUGUGACGGAGUCUGUGUAGUGCCCAAUCAGUGUUUAGAUUAUUCUAGCGGAUUAGGAAUCAUCAAUUUAAGAUUCGAUGGCACUAAAUGCGCAGCUGAUAAAAUCUGCUGUAAAAACCCAUCGAGGUCAUGCCAAGGGCUUUGUAUUUCCCCAGAACAAUGUGCAGAUGAUGGAAACGAAAUGAAUUUCGGAUUACCUGAUGUGAGUUGUCCAGAUAAUCAAGUUUGCUGCAAUACUACAAAAUCAUCUCUGCCAAUCGACUCGAUCUGUAAGGGUAGCUGCGUUCCUUCAUGGCAGUGUACAAGUACACUAUUUACAAAAGGAUUAAUCAAUCUAAGAUUCACGGACGGAUGUGCAGUCAAUGAAGUAUGUUGCCCAAGCGCGGAUAAUCUGGAAUGUGAUGGAGUUUGUACAGUUAGUGAUCAGUGUGAUGAUGAUUCCAGUGAAAUUAACUUGCGUGUUGGUGAUGGAAAAUGUCCAAUGAAUCAGAUAUGUUGCAAAAAUCCUAAAACUGAGCAUAAUCAGCCGGCAAAAUGCAACGGGGAAUGUGUUUUUCCCAAUGAAUGUCGACAUACUAACGUUGCGCCCGGUCUGUUAAAUUUGAGGCUCUCAAGCAGUGGUUGUCCGUUUAAUCAAAUUUGCUGUCCUAAUCCGGAAAACUCAAGUCAAUGCGAUGGAGUAUGUGUGCCACAUCAACUGUGUGCCCAAAUCGAAAAUCAAUAUCAACAAAAAACCAUCGACUUAAGAUUUUCGGAACAAAGCUGUCCAGUGCAUCAAGUUUGUUGUAAGAAAAAAGAUUAUAAACCAAAAUACUCAUGUGACGGAGACUGUGUUCCAAUGGAAAAGUGUCCGGAGCUAGGAUUUAUUAAUUUGAUUGAUCUUCGAUCUUCAAACUCUGAAUGUCCCACGAAUCAAGUGUGCUGUAGAAAACCUCAAACUGCACCUUCGUGCGACGGGGUUUGCAUAGUUCCGGAAGAGUGCUCGGAUCCAGUAACGAUAAACAAUUACAUGAGAUACCUGAUCGGCAAUGACCACUGUUCUGCUGGAACUUUGUGCUGCAAGAAUCCUAAACCAAAUAUUCAUAAAUUUCUCAGUGCAUCAUCAACAGGUCUGAUAGAACCAGAAAACAUCAGAUGUAUGUGUGUUCCGAUUCGACAGUGCUUAGAUGUAAUAACUGAUCAAAACCUGAUAAACCUUCGGAUCAACAAGUCAAGUUGUCCAAAUAAUGAGAUUUGUUGCAAGAAUCCGGCAAAGUCUUCUUCCUGUAAAGGAACAUGCACUGCUUUCGAUCAAUGCAGAGAACAAGUUUUUGAUAUAAAUUUACGAAUAUCAGACCAAAGCUGCCCGGGCAACCAAGUUUGCUGUAAAGAUACCAAAAGUACAGCAAUAAGUACUCAACAUGAAACUGUCUUCACAUGCAACGGGAAAUGUGUGUCGCCGCAUCAAUGUCCCGAGGCAACAUAUUCAAAAGAUAUCAUUGAUCUUCGAUUAGAUACGGCAUCGUGCCCCGCAGGACAAAUAUGCUGUAGUGAACCAAGUGCUGCAGCGAUCUGUGAUGGGUAUUGCGUUCCUAUCAAUCAAUGCUUAGAUCAACCUUUCGGGGAAGUGAUCAAUCUACGAACAUCAAACUUCGGAUGUCCAGCGAAUGAAAUGUGUUGCAAAAACAUCAAAUCACCAUCCUCUGUGGUAAUGCAGUACCCUUCCUGCAAAGGAAACUGCGUUUCUUUGGAAAAUUGUCCGCAUUUUAUACAAAGCCAUAAUCUAAUCAAUUUAAGAUCGACUUCGGAUGGGUGUCCAAUUGGCCAGGUUUGCUGCCAAGCUGCACACGAGACAAACGUUUGUGAUGGAACAUGCACUUCAUAUGAGAAUUGUGGAGAAUAUGAAUCUAGUUCUCUAAUAAUAGAUCUACGCGGCCCGAAAGGUCAGUGUUCAAACGGUGAUGUUUGCUGCAAAACUCCGAAACAAAUCAAAACUGUGCCAUCAACUAACGAUCUUCCACAGAAUUUGCCAAGAUGUGAAGGACAAUGCGUCUCAUAUCUGCUUUGCCCAGAAUAUGCGCUUGAUCGAUACACUAUAAAUCUCAGAAAUGGUAAUGGAAACUGUCCACCCAACGAAAUCUGUUGCAAAUCCAUAAAAGUGGAGGCAUCCUGCACAGGGAUGUGUGUUCCCAGUGAACAAUGCACGGAUUCCUUGUUUGAAGUUAACCUUCGCAAUGCACAAGAUGUUUGUCCGAUGGGUGCGAUUUGCUGUCAGAGUCCCAAAAUUGUCGAUCCCGAAGUCACUCCCAUAACUAAUGUAUUGUAUCCUUCGACAGCAGUGUGCCGAGGAAUGUGUGUUCCUGAAGAAUAUUGUGCUGAUAAGAAUGAAAUUAACCUCCGUAAGGGCGACAAUGGGUGUUCUUUGAACAAAAUAUGCUGUUCCAAUCCGCAAUUGUUAGUUCCUUCAAUGGAUGAUUUUUCACUUCCUAUGCCUUGGAGCCCGAUGAUGCCGGAAACCGGUGUGUCCAACAUAUCGCCAAUAGUUCCAGAGAAUCAACACUCCGAGUGCAUCAUAAAGAAUGAUCUUAGAACAUCUUUCAUCCGAAAAACAGAUGUUCCGUGGUUAGUUUCAGUCUGGAGUCGUCGUCGAUAUUUGAAUGUCGAUAGGAAUCAAUAUGAGUGUGUUGGAACUAUGUUACGAGCCGAUUUGAUUCUUACCGCUGCCGACUGUGUUGCUGAUCUUAGUCCUGCUCAGAUAUAUGCCCGUAUUGGUGAUUUCAAUCUAAAACCUCUCAAUACGCUUUCGAAACGAAGGGAAUUCGUAAUAGAUCGAAUAACAAUCCAUCCAGAUUACGAUGUGCAAUCUGGGUAUGCCAACGUGGCCGUACUGCAGAUUGGUCAAAAUUCGUCCAGCAAGGCUAAUGUCUGCCUGUCACAGUUGGCAGAUAAUUACUCAAAUGCUGAUUGUUUCCUUAUCGGGUGGAACAAAAUAUCGCUUUCAGUGGAGGACGUGGCGGAUGCAAUUCCUGAGAAACAUUAUCUUAAAUUGACUCGGAGCAACAAUUGCCCAGAUGGCGUAAUCUGUACAGAUCGACAGCGAUCUAUAGAAAAAUGCGAGAAUUUUCAAGGUGCUCCGCUCAUCUGUUUUGCAAUGGGCGGCCGAAGUUGGAAACAGGUUGGACUUGUUUCGAAGAUGAGCGGUUGGUGUGAUAGUAUGGCAGUUCCCAGUAUGCUCACCGAUAUCGGUUCGUAUGAAAUGUGGAUUCAGGAACAAAUUUCCCCUAGCUUUCAGCAGAUGAUGGAAGUUUCGAAACCUUCGAGAGCAUAUUUACCUGCACUGAUGCGCCAUCGGCUAGUUAGUGAUUUACUUCCAGCCAAGAUCAGCGCACGUUCGAGCGUUGGGAUGAACAAAUCGUUGUUGAUAGUGGCACUCGUGUUUUUAAUCCGAGAAUCAUUCACUCGUGGUCAGGAAUGCAUAGGAAGAUGCGUAAAAAAAGAUGAAUGUAGGGUUGCGGGCAGCACUGAUGUAGUAGUAGUUCCUACUUUACCCAUUACACCAGCAGGAUCUAUCGAUGGGGAUUUUAUUGACCUCAGGUUGGAUGUCGGCUGCGAUCGAUUGGAAACUUGUUGUAAUGAGCACGAUAUUAUUCCCAGUGUGCCCAAAGAUCAAAGUUCUUUUGACCAAUGUGGUGUUCGAAAUUUGAAUGGUAUCGGCUACAGACUGGUAGGACAUAAGGCGGGUGUUUCCGAAUAUGGUGAAUUCCCGUGGACGCUGAUGGUGUUGAGAUCACAAAUGGUAGUCGAUAUAAUCAAAGAAGUGUACGUAUGUGGAGCUUCAUUGAUUGCUCCUAAUCUUGCACUAACAGCAGCGCAUUGUGUGGCAAAUUAUAAAACCGAAAAGUACUACGUGAGAGCGGGUGAAUGGGACACAAAUACGGAUAAAGAACUUUUUGCAACGCAGACACGUGAUAUAUCAAUUGUUAUUAUACACGAACACUACAACAAACAUCAUCACAACAACAUUGCCCUUCUUAAGUUCGAUGAACCUUUCAUCGCCGAUAAAAAUAUUCAAACUAUUUGUCUUCCACCUGCAAAUGCGAAUUUCAAUGGCCAUGAAUGUUUCACUGGUGCUUGGGGAAAGGAUAAAUUUGAACAAGGAAAGCUGCAAAACAUUCUCAGAAGGGUUGAAGUACCGGUCGUUCCUCACGAGGAAUGUCAGAAUGCGUUCAGGUCCACUCGAUUGGGACCACACUUCGUGUUGGACAAUAGUUAUAUGUGCGCUGGAGGAGAAGAAAACGUAGACGUUUGUACUGGGGAUGGCGGUGCUCCGCUUGCCUGUGCUAUACCAGAGGACAGCUCGCGAUACUACCAGACAGGAAUCGUUGCCUGGGGUAUUGGAUGCGGACAGAAAGGAAUCCCAGGUGCUUAUACAGAUGUAGUUAGGUUCGUUCCGUGGAUUCAUAGUAAGAUGGACGCUUUAGGUGUGAACAGGAAGACUUCUACUUUUUAGAAGCAUCUUUUGUCGUGAUUUAUUAAAAGAAUGUAUUUAUUCAAAA